GUCCCCUCCGGCCCUCUCUCCCCCCAGGACCCAAGUGACUCCUUCUCCCCUCUUGGCGACCUGCCUCCACCAGCGCCUCCCUGGAACACCCCGCCCGAUUUCCCGAUGGAUGAGGAGAGCGACCUGCCGCAGCCGUGCGCCGAGCAGAGCUGCUGGGCCAGCCUGCCCGACGUGUGCCUGCGCCGGGUGUUCUGGUGGCUAGGAGACAGGGACCGCUCCCGGGCCGCGCUCGUCUGCCGGAAGUGGAACCAGACCAUGUACUCCGCCGACCUGUGGCGGUGCAGGACCAUCACCUUCAGCGGGAGGCCGUCCCGCUCGCACGCGUCCGAGUUCGAGUCGGCGCUCUGGUACGUGAAGAAGUUCGGCCGCUACCUGGAACACCUGGAGAUCAAGUUCCUGAACCCGUACAACGCCGUCCUGACCAAGAAGUUCCAGGUGACCAUGCGCGGCCUGCUGUCGUGCCUGGGCAAGAGCAACAGCCGCCUCAAGUCGCUGUCCAUCCAGCACCUGGAGCUGGACCGGCUGGUGUGGCGGAGCAGCAUCCGCACGUCCUUCGUCAAGAGCCUGAGCUUCUUCCUGAAGAAGGUGAGUAAGCACCUGGACUACUUGAACCUCAAGGGCGCGCGGCUGGCCGUGGAGCAGGGCUGCCACGUGCUCAGCUCCCUGAGCCACCUGCGCAGCGAGAGCUUCGCGUCCGAGCUCAACCUGGAGGACUACUUCAGCCACCACCUGGCCGUGUACAGCAGCCCGCAGUUCAACCAGACCAUGGCCAUGUUCCGGAGCCUGGUGGUGCUCACGCUCAACUACAACUGCAUCUCGGACGAGCUGCUGGAGACGCUGGGCGAGAACAACGCCAGCUCGCUCUGGACCAUCAACAUCAAGUGCCACAUCCACGACCCGCACGGCCAGGUCAUCUGGGGCAUGUCGUGGGCCAAGCUGGCCAAGCACGCGGCCAACCUCAAGGUCAACUUCUUCUUCGAGCGGGUCAUGAAGCACGAGCGGCUCACCCGCAUCCUGCUGCAGGAGAUCCCCGUCCGCAGCGUCAGCCUCCGCAGCUGCUACUUCAGCGACCCCGACUGGUCCAUGCGGCCGACCCUCACCGACCUGCUGCCCACGUACCGCCACACGCU